AUGCAAGACAGAGUUAAAGGCAUUCUCGCCGCUGUGAACUGUGUCCGCAACUCUCGUGUGGCCGCGAACAAGCUGCCCGCGGAGAUCCUCGAGCGUGUGUUCCUCUACACCCAGCCUGUCUACGCAGACUUCGUACCUCAAUGGCCGACGCUCGGCGCGCUGGACUGGACGCGCAAAGUGACGCACGUCUGCAAGCGAAGGCGUGCCAUCGCUGUCUCGUAUCCUGCGCUGUGGACUACCAUCGAUCUUUGUCGACAUCCGCCCACGGAAGCGGGGAUCGCCAUCCUCGCGCGCUCUGGCACUCAACUUCUUACGGCUCUCUACUCGACGAAUCCUUUCAGCAGAGAAGGAGUCAACUCUCCAGUACUUAGGGAGAUCUUUGGGCGCCAUCUCUCGCGUCUGACAGGGCUGCACAUAACCGUUGACCGGCCCGAGCUCAAUCGACUCCUGGCAGACGCCAAUCCUGUUCACCGGUGA